AUCUUAGUUAGUAUGUGAAUAAUUGAAAGCAAACAUAUGUUGCAAAGCAAACAAUGCAUAUUUGAGUUUUUACAAUGACCCUGGGGUGAAUUUGGUCAGUGGAUUGCUGUUAUGCAGGGAGAGGCAAUUGGAAACAUUCUUCUCUGGGCUGUCUAAGCACGAGCUGGGCGUGACACUUUAAGAAGCAUGUUUCAACUGGAGGGGAAGGAUGGACCAACAGUUUGGAAUUCAUGGGAAACAGACCAAGAAAGACUGGGAAGACAGACAAAUACUGGGAUGAGACAUACACAGAAAUAAACCCAGUCCGCAAUCCACAAGGACAGUAAAAUGACAGUGAAGAAUCCUAAGAGGAUAACCUCAACUACAUCAAAUUGCUGAGCCAGAGGCUACUACUGCACCAGGUGGAUCUGUUUCAAACAUGGUCAGCUGCGUCAAUACUUAUAACAAUGACACCAUCCUCAGUUCUUCGGCUUCCCGCAUCCCUGGUGCAAUAUUUCUGGGAUUGGCGGCCAUCUUGGGUUUACCUGGGAAUACUUUUAUUAUCUGGAGCAUUUUGUGGAAAAUGAAAGGCCGGGAAAAGUCGGUGACCUGCAUCCUAAUCCUUAACCUGGCGGUGGCUGAUGGGACAGUCCUUCUCCUUACUCCAUUUUUUAUCAUAUUUUUGGCCAAGAAGAGCUGGAUAUUUGGUAGACCUACCUGUAAAAUUGCAUACUACCUCUGUUGCCUUAACAUGUAUGCCAGCAUUUUCAUUAUUGCUCUCAUGAGCAUGGACCGAUUCUUAGCUGUUUUUCGACCCUACAUGGCUCAGUCGCUUCGUAAACGAAAUGUGGUGGUAAAGGUCCUCAUAGUCGUAUGGCUUCUAGCAGGGGCUUUGGCACUUCCAGCAUUCGCUUUCAGGGAGGUGAUAGACAACAAAGACAUGAACUCUACGAUAUGUGAACCUUGCCAUGCCAACCGAGCAGAGGCCAUCUUUCAUUACUCCUUUGAGACAUUAGUGGCUUUCCUGCUUCCUUUUCCUGUGGUAUGCUUUAGUUACAUGCUUGUGUUAAUUAAACUAAAAUCAAGUCGCUUUGGACAACGGUCAAGGAUAGAGAAACUGAUUGCUGUCAUCUUGUUGACUUUUGCCAUCCUAUGGCUUCCAUAUCAUGUAGUCAAUGCUAUGCAGGUGGCUGCCAAUCUCACCACUGGAAAUAUAUCGGAGACUUUGGCAAAAGCAGCUAAAAAGAGCCGAGCUGGAGCCACCGCCUUAGCAUUUUUCAGUGCGUGUGUCAAUCCUUUGCUGUACGCCUUUGCUGCUUCUGAUUUAUUUAGGGUGUUUGGAGUGGGAUUUGUAGCCAAGCUGCUGGAGGGAACUGUGGCAGAAAUACAAAAACGGGUUAAAUCUCAACGUGAGCUUGUAAAAGGUCUUGUGAGAGUUGGAAGUCGGGCUGAGUCAGUGGAGCUUGAAGAGAAAAAUGGGAUAAAAUUAGAACCAAUGAAUGGUGACUGUCCAUGUAAAAGUUAGCCGUAUCAGCUAGAAAGACGGGCCUUAAAAAAUAGUGCAGUAUUAAAUGUAUUUAAACUUUAUAAAUUCCCUCAGUUAGUCAGGAUGGAAUAGUACUACGUAAGCAUAACACGUUCUCCUAAGCAGUUCUAGGAUAACUUUAUUGUUUGGAGAGAAGAACUGCUUUUGAGGGAUGGUAAAGUUAACACAUAUGAAUCCAGGAAUGUUAUUGACAGUCUCCAGAACAUUCCAUCAAAUGAAGGAACACUGGUCAUAUAUCCAAGGAAGAACUGACACCCACCGAUAAAUAAUUCACAGCAUGUAAAACCGAGAGUGCAUUUUCUGUACAACUUACUCAAUAACAUAACAUUUCAGCAGUUAAACGCAAA